AUGAUAAAGUUCCAAUAAAAGCGCUUAUAAAAAUCAUAUAAACAAAAAUAUUUAUUUCUUUGUAUUCAUCAAACAUCUUACUUGCUUUAUUAGUCGCCUCUGAUUGUAUAUCUGUCAGCGAAAGCUAAGGUUCGCUAAUUUUAAAAAAUAAAAAUUAAUAAAAUCAUAAUUAGUUAAAUAUCCCUACCUAAUGAAUGUGAAACCAAAAAAGAAAAUAAAGUAAAUCACAAAAAUUAAAGAGGAUAUUAAAGGGCAGAAGAAAAAAAGCAUUUUAAAUUAAGACGAGAUAGGCAGAGGAGAAGGAUAGAUAAAAAAUAUGUGAUAUUAUUUUUUUAUUUUAUAGCAAAGGUUUAUUUCUUUUUCUUUAGAUAAUAAGCAAGAGAUUUAAUUUUAUGA